AUGGCGACUAAAGAUCUAGAGACUGCUCGCAAAUUGACCGCAGCCCGCAUCGGCUCUUUCAGAGUCAGAGAACUAGAUCAACUUUUAUUUGAGGGAAGUGAUGUUUAUGGGUCUCGAGCCUUUAGACAGUCGCAUAUUGAUCGUCUUAUUCAUCGAUUCGAGCAUGAGGGGUGUCGCCGACUAGACCCUCUUACCUGGAUCCCAUGCGAAGUGUCUUCUACUGACCUAGGCCACUUACUUGGUGAAGGCUCACCCGUCGGUUAUUUCAAGGAUUUAGAGCUGCCACAGGGUCAGAAGCUACGUUGCUACCAGGGGCAACACCGGAUUGCUGCUGCGCUUCAAUGGCUCGACCCAGGCGAUUACUGGUGGGCUUUCGAUUUAUAUGACUCUGCAAAGUUGGACGAUGACUGUCGUAGGAGAUUGCGCGAGUGUGAUCAAAGCUCCCAGAGCUUUGCAGAUGGAGACAUUUUUCGCAAUACACGUCACUACCAGCAACGAGGAGAGACAGAAGCCGCUGAGGAGUGGCUUGCGAAAUGGUCACCCACCAAGUGUCGCGAAUUCAACAGAAUUUACCACCCCAAGGAAAACAAAGACGCUUUUCUCAAUUUAGGGCAAAAGCUAGACUUGCUUCUUCAGUUCCCAGCGUUAUGGAAGUCUUGGUUCAUGGGGACACACCUCCCCAGCCUCAAAUGCCCCGAGGAGCUUGCGGAUUCUUUGGGAGAGAUUUUUGAGGCAUGGCAGUCACUGACGUGCCUCAAUCCCGUGAUCCUAGAUCCAACAACCCUCACCUUAUUAGAAGGCAGAUGCCCACGAUUAUCUAUUGCUGAUCGUGAGCAUAUUGAUCAAAUAUUCCAAGAUGGGAGUGCCUUUCAAGAUGUCAGAGACCAUGCCAUAAGGGCCCAGCUCCGACACGCCGCUUUGGGAUACCCAAAAAUCAUACCUUCACUUCGAACAUUUCUCGAAAACACCAAAUACCUCAAGGCUAUGACUGAUGUCAUCAAGAGGGUGCUCCCUCCAAAAUUUAAGGGCACCAUAAGGGAGUCAAUGUUCAAGUGCUACGUCUGUCCUCGCGACUUGAAACAUCAAGUUCAAAUUUCAGAAAACGAUUAUAUUCAAAAAGUAGGGUCAAAGGAAUACGGAUUCUGGGCAGCCUACAGACAGUUGUUCCUUUUCUCCAUGCGCCAUUUCUAUGGCCUUACAGAUUCUCGGCCGCUUGGCGUAGGCCAAUCCCCUUUAAAAGGAAAGUUCGACACUUCUGAGUUGUGGACGCGGUUUAAGCUGUGUGCGAACAAAGUUGGAUUUAUCUUUCCAGGAUCAAAGUUCCUUAAAAGCUCUCGUCCAACAGGUUCUAUCGAAUUUGCCGCCAUACAUGGAAUCUUGACUCGGCUACGCCCCCCAGAGCUCUUUGUGUAUGAUGAAUCUAGAGUCAGGGAAUGCAGCAACCAUAUUGCCGCUAUCCUUAGGGACAUGGUUCCACGCAAGAUUGAAAACCCACCAGCAAUCCAAAGUCUGGACAACCAAGACGACUGGUCUUUAGAGCAACGCUGUGGGAUGACAACCUCAAGCACCUUCCUCUUUGACCAAAGGUACCUAUUCCUGCAUAAUGUCUACUCAGCAGAUCAGCCAGCUCGCGCAAAUAUGACAUCUUUCGCCGUCAAGCGCGAUAUCUUCAGGUCAUUCUUUCCAGAUUUCAAUGAUGGAAAUGCUCCGGACCUACCGAUGUCUUUUAUGCCUACGCCCAUAAAUGGUGGGUCAACUCCUGGACAGAUUGAUAGUGCAGUGCAUGUUGCACCAGUGGAUCCGGCGCCAAUGAACAAUACGCCAAUGGAUGAUGCACCAAUGGAUAUUGCGCCAGUGGAUGUUGCGCCGAUGGAUGUUGCGCCUAUGGAUGAUGCGCUAAUAAACGAUGCGCCGAUGCAACUUGCGCUAAUAAACACUGCCCCAGUGGUAUAUGAGCCUCAGCCUAUGCCUCAGUCAACUUUACUUCUUCCGAAUGUUGGGCCUUCCCACAAUAAAAUAUCCAUUAUCAAGCAGUCAUCGAACAUCUGCAGUUGUCAACUCAAUAUGACCCCUGAGUCAUUUUAUGCUUCAUUCCAGCCGCUUUCGGAUAGUUGCCCGUUUGUUGUCUUCUUCUUUCCGUCGGACGGUAUCGUUGAUUUUGUCCGUCACUACGAAGACGGCGUGCUUGCCAACCUAUGUGCCGCCAGGGCCCUUGUCUAA